ACCUGGCGCCAGGUAUGGGAUGGGCGUGGCCGGGCGCUGUCACGUGACGCGGGGCGGGGCCUCGGGAGCGGCCCCGGAAGAGGGGAAGGGACGGGACAGGUGCAUUUUUGGGUUCCCCAGGUGGAUUUUGGGGUCCCCAGGUGGAUUUUGGGGUCCCCAGGUGGAUUUUGGGGUGCCCCGCCCCCCCAUGGCCGCUGCCCCUGCCCUGGCCCUGGCCCUGCCCUGCCUCGCCCUGGCCCAGACCUCUCCCAGUAUAACCAGUAACGGCUCCAGUAACGGCACCGCCCCCCAGCCCGGGGGGGGGCUCUCGCCCGCGGGGGUCGUGGCCCUGUCGGUGAUUUUCGGGGGUCUGGGGGCUCUGGCGCUGCUGGCCCUGCUGCUGCUGGCGGCGCUGCGGCUGCGCGAGAAGCGCCGCACCGAGGGCUCCUACCGGCCCAGCCGCGAGGAAAUGGGAGGGGGGCGCCAGGGGGCCCCCCCGGGCCCGCCCCCGCUGCGCCUGCCCCCCGAGGAACGCCUCAUCUGAGACCCCUCCCCAAAUCCCGACCCCUCCCCAAAUUCCGGGUUCGGCUGCAGCGCUGGAGACGUCGGGGGAGUUGGGGGGAGGGGGGAAAAUGGGGUGAGACCCCCCCCCCAGAUUCCUCUUUGGGGACCCCCCUCUGGAGGAGGGGAUGGGCUGGGACCCCUCCCCAAAUUUUGGAGUGGCUGUGACCCCCCCAUGCUCAAAAUUUGGGGCCCCCUCCCCAAAUUUGGGGCUUGUUUGGACCAUGGGAGUCAUUUUGGGGGGAGGGGUCCAGGGGGGUUUGAGGGGGUCCAGAAGGGCUGGGACCCCCCAGUGUGACCCCUCCCCCUCGAGGAGGGCUCGUCUGGGACCCCUCCCCAAAUUUUGGAGUGGCUGUGACCCCCCCAUGCUCAAAAUUUGGGGCCCCCUCCCCAAAAUUUGGGGCUCGUUUGGACCGUGUGAUCAUUUGGGGGGGGGUCCAGAAGGGUUGAGACCCCCCCCCAAUUUGUUGAGGGGCUCAUCAGGGACCCCUCCCCAAAUUUCAGAGUGGCUGCGACCCCUCCCCAAAAUUUGGGGCUCAUCUGGGACCCCCCCCCCAAAAAAAUUUGGGAUUCUCUGGGAUGGCCCCCCCAAACCCGGGGGUCCCUGGGGGGGUUUUGGGGGGUCCUGGGGGGGUUUUUGGGGGGGGGGGUCCCUUGAUUGAGACCCCCCCCCCGUGGGGUGGGGGAGGGGCACGGCUCAAAGUUUAUUUUUGGAAAUAAAACAGAAAAAUUUGGAAAAAAAAAA